CAGGAUAGCAUAGCUGGACGACGGGGAAAUGUGAGAUUGUCGAAGGAGUACAACGUUACACUUUUAAACGACCCAAACCUCUUAAAAUCGGAAGUACACUUUGGCACGUUUUUUCGGAUUAUCCAGCCUUUCUUUUGUGAGUGGUUUCUUGAAGACUGGAGUUCAAGAAAGGAGGAAAAAGUAUCUCCUCGACCUGCAAAGACAAGCAGCCGUCGAGAGUCGCUUCUGUUUUCAGAGAAAUGUUAGACGCGGUAAGCGUCGAGCAAGAACAUUCUCGAUUAUUUAACUCAGUUUUCUGGAUGUGACACACCAACGGCUCUUUUAUAGCUGUGCUGUUUGAAUUGCUGUUCGUGGAACUGCAUAACAUCACUAACACCGGAAAGCACCAAUCCAGACUGUGAAGGAAUCAAACGUAGUGGAUCUUAAAAAACAAGGGAGGCACCGGCGGGGUCUGAAGCCCCAGGCGACCGCUGGACUCGGGCUUUGAGUCCGACUUCAACGCCGAGGAAAGAGGCGCGCCAGAGCGCCACACCAUCCACAGACCUCCAAUAAGUCAGGGAUACAUUGCAAGAUGUAUCCACAAGGCCGGCAUCCGGCGCCGCACCAGCCCGGUCAGCCAGGCUUCAAAUUUACAGUGGCCGAGUCCUGCGACAGGAUUAAGGACGAGUUUCAGUUCCUGCAAGCCCAGUAUCACAGUCUAAAGGUGGAAUACGACAAACUAGCCAAUGAGAAGACGGAAAUGCAGAGGCACUAUGUCAUGUACUACGAGAUGUCGUACGGGCUGAACAUCGAAAUGCACAAACAGACGGAGAUUGCUAAGAGGCUGAAUGCAAUUUUGGCCCAGAUUAUGCCUUUUCUGUCUCAAGAGCAUCAGCAGCAGGUGGCCCAGGCUGUUGAGCGGGCUAAGCAGGUGACUAUGACUGAGUUGAAUGCCAUCAUCGGGGUACGUGGACUUCCCAAUCUGCCUCUCACCCAGCAGCAGUUGCAGGCGCAGCACCUCUCCCAUGCUGCCCAUGGUGCCGUGGCGCUGCCCCCCCACCCCUCGGGGCUGCCGCCUCCCGGCAUCCCCCCAGUGACGGGCGCGGGAUCGGGGCUGUUGGCGCUCGGAGCGCUGGGCAGCCAGGCACACCUGCCUGUCAAGGACGAGAAGAACCACCACGACCUGGAGCACCGAGAGAGCACGAAUAACUCCAUCUCGCCGUCGGACAGCCUGCGCACGGCGAGCGAGAAGCAUCGGGGCUCCUCUGACUACAGCCUGGAGUCCAAGAAGCGCAAAGUGGACGAGAAGGACAACAUGAGCCGAUACGACAGUGACGGUGACAAGAGUGAUGACCUGGUGGUGGACGUGUCCAAUGAGGACCCAGCCACUCCUGCCCACUCGCCUCCAGAGAAUGGUCUGGAUAAACCCCGCCCUCCCAAGAAGGACACGCCCAACAGCCCCGCCUCCGUGGCUUCGUCAGGAAGCACUCCCUCCUCCAAGAACAAAGAGCACGGACACAAUGACAAAUCCUCCACGCCGGGCCUGAAGUCCAACACCCCCACCCCCCGUAACGACGCGCCCACGCCUGGCACCAGCACCACCCCUGGACUCAGGCCCAUCCUUGGCAAGCCCCCCGGCAUGGAGGCCCUGGCAGCCCCAGCCCUGCGGACGCCGCUGUCGUAUCCGGCUCCGUUCGCCGUAAUGGGACACCACGACAUGAACGGCUCCCUGGCCAGCGCAGGGGGCGUCUACGCCGGACUCCACAUCUCACCACAGAUGAGCGCCGCUGCUGCCGCAGCAUACGGCAGAUCACCCAUGCCGGGGUUUGACCAUCACAUGAGGGCUCCAGGGUUGCCUGCCAGUCUGACGGCCAUCUCUGGGGGCAAGCCUGCCUACUCCUUCCACGUGAGCGCUGACGGCCAGAUGCAGCCGGUGCCCUUCCCUCCGGACGCCCUGAUAGGCCCCGGCAUCCCGCGCCACGCGCGCCAGAUCAACACGCUGAACCACGGCGAGGUGGUGUGCGCCGUCACCAUCAGCAACCCCACGCGGCACGUCUACACCGGCGGCAAGGGCUGCGUCAAGAUCUGGGACAUCAGCCAGCCGGGCAGCAAGAGCCCCGUCUCCCAGCUCGACUGCCUGAACCGGGACAACUACAUCCGCUCGUGUAAGCUGCUCCCCGACGGCCGCACGCUGAUCGUGGGCGGCGAGGCCAGCACGCUGACCAUCUGGGACCUGGCCUCCCAGACGCCGCGCAUCAAGGCCGAACUGACGUCGUCGGCGCCCGCCUGCUACGCGCUGGCCAUCAGCCCCGACGCCAAGGUCUGCUUCUCCUGCUGCAGCGACGGCAACAUUGCCGUUUGGGACCUGCACAACCAGACGCUCGUCAGGCAGUUCCAGGGCCACACGGACGGUGCGAGCUGCAUUGACAUCUCCCACGACGGGACCAAGCUGUGGACGGGCGGCCUGGACAACACUGUGCGCUCCUGGGACCUCCGCGAGGGCCGGCAGCUGCAGCAGCACGACUUCACCUCACAGAUCUUCUCGCUGGGCUACUGUCCGACGGGCGAGUGGCUAGCGGUGGGCAUGGAGAGCAGUAACGUGGAGGUGCUCCACCACACCAAGCCCGACAAGUACCAGCUGCACCUGCACGAGAGCUGCGUGCUCUCACUCAAGUUCGCCUACUGUGGUAAAUGGUUCGUGAGCACGGGGAAGGACAAUCUCCUGAACGCAUGGAGGACCCCGUACGGCGCCAGCAUAUUCCAGUCCAAGGAGUCUUCUUCGGUGCUCAGCUGUGAUAUCUCUGCGGACGAUAAGUACAUUGUGACGGGCUCGGGCGAUAAGAAGGCCACAGUGUACGAGGUCAUCUACUGAGACGCCGCGCCGCGCCACACCACGCAUCAUCUUCGCCACACUACGCUCUUCAGGAAGGAACGCUCGCUGCCCGCUGCCGUCAGAAAGCACGCCCUGCAGGACGGACGGCCGGCAGAGUGGGGGGGAUAACGGAGGGAAUGGCCACACACACACACACACACACACACACACACACACACACACACACACACACACACACACACACACACACACACACACACACACACACACACACACCGUUGAUUCUAAUACACAUAUACACUUGCUUGACAUUCACACACAGACAGACAAGAUGGCUCAUUUGCCUGGUUGCCAGAGGGCAAAUCUGGACACACACAUCCGUCUGAUCGCCGAUGGACUGCAGCUGGACCGACCGACCGGGUUUUAAUUGGUCUAAAAACCGAACGCAUUUUAAAGGGGACCAAUCUGGAUUAGCAAGCGCCAUGGCACCCCCCACUGCCUGCGGACCCUCUUGCCCUCCUCUACCACCCCCCCCCCCUCCCCCACCUGUCUGCCGAGCACAUGGGCCUCAUAGCACUAAGAGAAGACUAAAAGACAACACAGAAGACAAGAGACUUUCUGGUGUUUUUUUCCCCCCUCCCUUUCUCCUUGUGUAUGUCAAAGACUUGUUUCUUCUUCUCCGUUUUUGUUUUUGUUGGUAUUUUCCAUUGUUUUUUGUUAUAUUUUUCUUUUUUUUAAACACUGAGAAUGUUUUUUUGGUGCAGCUGUGACGUGAAGCAGUGCUUCGCUUGCUGAGCUGCUCUUUGCCGACUGCCCUCCACGGUGGUUAGUGUCAGUGCAGGUUUUUUUUGUGGCAUAUAUAAUGUAUAUAAUGGAGGAUAAACGGCCUUUAUAGAUUUCUAUUUUGGUGUCCAGUUCCACUUGUGAUGGUCCCUCUCUCUGUCUCUCUCCUCCAUGCCCCAUCUGGGUCCCUCCUCGUGGGCUUUGGAUAUUAGAUUAGGACCUCACUGUUUCUUUUUUAUCCAAGAGGAAAUUCUAUUCCUGUCCCCACAUCCCCCCGCUCUCCUCUCCUCACUUCUCUUUCAACCGAUCCCUCCUCCUCCUCCUCCAUCAGAGAAGUUCAUUUUCUAGCCUGACCUUUAUUGGAAAUCUAAUUUACUUUUUUUGUUGUCAUUAAAAAACAAUUUUGAGCCUCAUGAAAUUAUGGAGAUGUUUUGUACAAAAAAAAACGAAGAAAAAAAUCCUGUGGAUCUACUAUCGUGCUUUCUGAUUGGAGAAGAACAGCAGGUUGUCUGUUUGUUUGUUUGUUUGUCUGUAUGUAUGUAUGGACAAUCUAUGGACAUUGGUAAGCAGCCGUCGCUGAAGAAAGAACCUACAGCAAACAGAGAGGACAACGUUUUAAAUGUCCUCAAGGGUCUCCAACACACACAAACACAUGCGCUCACAAAUGCACACACACACACACACACACACGCACACCAUCUUAAAUGAGAUCCCUCUGCUGUCUGUCUGCUGAGCUUCCUGCUUCCCAGUCUGUGUCUGGGACUGAGUCUGGCUGGGGAGUAGGGAUGGGGGUGAACAGUGAGUAUGAUGGCCAGAAAGAGGGAGAGAGGGAGGGAGGGAGAGAGACUGAGAAGGGGAGAAACCAUCACAUGAUCAAGAGGAGACGAGGACACUGUAGACUCUGGACUGCUACUUGUGUGUUGGGGGACUGGGCUGUAUGCAGUAAGAGACUGUGGACACACGGGACCCUUUGGUUUUGUGCAGUUUCAUGUAUAUUGGGGAGGGGGGACAUUUCAGGGGUGGGGUCAAGUUUCUUGUCUUGUACGUGGGUGACUUUACCAAUGGACUGUUUUUGUUUUUGUUUUUUUAAAUCGGUUGAUGUUUUCCUAACCAUCAGUUUUCAGUGGCCAGAGGCAGGCAGGCAGGUAUGGGAGUAUAUCAUGCACCGCCAUGUUUUUCUGUAGGAAAAAUGGAGUUAUUGGAUCAAUGAUCAAUGUUAUUCGACCAGAGCCCCAACAUAACAUGCUAACAGCAGAAGCCAGACCCUAAUGCGUGCACCAGAAAUAAGGCAAAAAAGAGGGAACGGUACCCGAAUGACUCUCUAUCUGGACGUAUUUACAGUAGGCAAACAAUGGUUAUUUCGCUAUCCCAGAAGUCUGUGGGAGUUCGACAACUGAACCAUUGG